AGUAGUGUUAAAAAUAUGAUGAGCCCACAUAAACUUUCAUAAUCUUUGUGUGUUUUGAACAACAACUUACCAUAGAAACUUAGCUGCCAAGUUGUUUGCAGUUUUUGUUCUCAAUUAUAUGUAUCUGUCAUAUAAUGUCACAAGCAAACACCCUUAAAUAGUACUACUUCUUUUCAAGUAUCAAUACCAGGCCACCAUUAUCAAAAUUUGCUUAUUUUGGUAACCUUAGUUUUUGUUUCUUCACCACUACUCACUUUUUUAUCAUCUUUCUUGCAUUUUCUCUCACUAGGGUUUGCUCAAGGUUUUAAUGGAGAAGAUAAUGGAGACACUUAAACUAGCUGAGUUAAGGAAAGAAGAUUUAAGAAAGUCAUGUGAACAAGUACAUGCACAAGCUUUUACUCUUCAGUGGAAAAUUUUGGAGGCUCAUUUUGAUUUGACUAGGGCUGGUUUACUAUACCAAGCUCAAGAACUUGCUUUAAAGGAGAAAAAAUUAGUGGAAGACGCUCAAUUGGGCGAACAACGCGAUCAAGAGGUUGAGAUUAAGCUUAGUGAGGUCAAAAGAGGCUUAGAAGAGCUUGAACGAAACCAAGAAAGUUUGUCUCUUUUCAAUUUGAGGAUUGAGCAGUGUGAUUUAAAGCUGAGUUUAAUGCAACAGAGAUCGACUUUGGCCCGCAGACAGGUUGAUGAGAGUAAUGAGAUGCUUAGGAUGAAAAGGGAUCAACUGAGCAUGCUGCAAUAUGAUGUUGAAAGUUGUGUUUAUGAGCUUAGUGUAAAAAGGAACCAACUGAGUAUGGUUCAGAAAUCUUUAGAAGAUUGUAAUUUGGAGCUUGAAUCGAAGAAGAUGAAAUUGGGUUUGGUGAACUCAGAGCUUGAGGAGUGUGAUUUAAAGCUUAGUUCAAUGCAAAAGAAAUUGACUUUGGCCCGCAGAGAGGUUGAUGAGAGUAAUGAGAUGGUUAGGAUGAAAAGGGAUCAACUGGGAAUGGUGCAAAAUCAGGUUGAAAAGUGUACUAGAGAGCUUAGUGAAAAAGAGAAGCAACUAGGUACGUUUCAGAAAUCUUUAGAAGAUUGUAAUGUGGAGCGUGAAUCGAAGGAGAUGAAAUUGGGGUUGGUGAACUCAGAGCUUGAGGAGUGUUCUAAGAAACUGUUUGUGAGAAAUGGGCAACUGAUGUUGUUGCAGAGGAAGCUUGAGAUGAGUUCUGAGGAACUAGAAACCAAAGAGGAGCAGUUAGAGAAGGUUAAAAUUCUGAUCAGAGAUUGCAAUAAUGAUCUUGUGCUGAAGCAGAAGGAGUUGGAGUUGAAAGAAAAACAACCUGAUGAUACUGUUUCUCAGCAUGAACAGGCGCCUGAAUCGCAAGAGGUUCUUCGAGUACCAGAUAAUUUUCCUGGGGGCCAAGUUUUUCCUUCAAAUGUUAAAAUUGAGCCAAGGGAACAUGUAAGAGCCAAUGAUCCUGUAUGCUCUUUUUCUGCACAGCCUCGGUCUGAUGGAGAAACCAAUGAAAGGAAUUCUGCUUCUAUCAGAAAUGAAGAUAUGAGUUGGCAUGAUCGGAAUCCGCACGAAGUUCUAGCUACGUUACGAAUGUCAUCAGAUCCAGUAAAAUUUGUAUUAGAUGUGAUGAAUGGAGGUGCAAAUAAUGAUGCUAGUGUUAUCAGAAGUAAGGCUGUGUUAUUGGAACAACUAAUGAAACUCUCACUAGUAAUAAGCCCUCUGGUAAAAGAAGAAGCUAGAAAAGUGGCAAUUUCCUGGACAGCAAAUAUGAAAUUGGAUUAUGAGAAUUCAAUGGAAAUCUGGGCCUUUUUGCUGUUCUCACUGAUAUAUAAAGUUGUGCCUAGUCUUGAAAGAGAUACGAUCUUCAGGCUUCUUGUGAUUGUUGCUCAUCACAAAGAGGCCCCUUCAAUCUGUCGCAUCCUUGCUUUCAAUGAGCGAGUCCCUGAGAUUAUUCAGUGUCUUAUUGCAAGGCAGCAGCAUAUAGCAGCUGUCAGGUUUAGUUGUGCAUUUGAGCUGAUCGACAAGUUUCCGCCUGAAAACAUCCUGGGAAUGUACGUGGAGCAUAUAUUGAUGGCUACCAGGAACUCCAAGAAUGGUGAGGAUUUGGCAAAACAACAGGAUAAGGCUAUAGAUGAAGAAUUAGACGCUCUUAGAACCGUGUUAGAAUGUCUAGCAGAAUGCAAGUUUGAAUCAAAUUUCUUAACUGGGAACAUAUACAGUCGCAUUGCGGAGCUAGGGAAGCAAAAGGCAAGAAGCACAAACUCGUUGCGAUAUGUGGAGCCAUCUCCUUCUCUUGUGGUGCAACAACAGGACAAUAGUAAGCGCCCGAGGAUAGAUAAUAGACGUGUCACUCGAUCAACACACAAAAUGUAGCUUUUUGCACCAAUAAGAAAUUAGCGAAAAAUGUAUCGCAUCAGAAUCCGGUCUAGGUAAGAUUUUUCUGAUGUGUAUACAUAUGUGAUGUUUACUUCAAACACUAUAAUGGGACUCUUCCAUUAAUGACUAGUUAGUACUAAUCUUUAGUGUUCAACUUGUAGCAAAAUGCUUUUGUAAAUGGCCAACUCCAUUGUACAGGAACUAUAAUUAGUCUAUAUAAAUUACAGUUUGUGA